AUGGCUCAGUUUGCACUUGUCAGCAUUAUCGAGCACUGCGGCUGGCUCUCUUCCACCACAUGCAUUUCCCAAGUGCCACCACCUGCGGAUAAUCAACUCCCAUUGGAAAUAACCGAGGUCAACGAUCCUCAGUCGUACAUGGGUUCGCUCAACCUUCGUUUAACCCACGUGGAAGGUCAAGCGUAUAAGUUGCUGUGGCAAACCGAUCCUCCAAACUCAAAAGGCGUGAACACACUCCUGCUGGUCCUCAAAGAAAGCAGCGGCAGUGGAGCACAAAUUCGAGAAACUGCUGAUUUCUCUAGUGGCGAAUUCACUGUGCGGAAUCUGAGACCCCAAACACAAUACACUCUUCUUGUCACAGGACUUGCAGAUUAUGUUCAGCAUUGGUCAGUGUCCGGCAAAUUCACAACACUUCCUGAUGGUAAGUUGGUGCAUUUCAUCAGUAAGUGA